UCACUAGCCCAAAAUCUCGUUGGACGCCAACAGCCAACGGGCAACAGCCACUUCCUGGGACUGCGCCUGCGGGAGUUGCGUCCGCCGAAGCUUCCGCUAAUUUCAAGAGUAACAAAAUGUAAAAAACCACCCUCUAUUUCUCUCUCUCUCUCUCUGCGAAACAUUGUGCAACUCAGGAAGAAAAGAAAACACAGAAAAACCCCAUUCUUGGUGUUGCAUUUCAAGAACAUUGCGCUCUCAAAGGUUGGGUCUUUCCCUUUUAUAAAAUUCACUUUCCAUUUUAAAGAUUUUCUGGGGAAAACCUCAAAACCAAAUCCAGAAAGAAAAUUCAGAUAUUUCACUAUAUAAGACUUGACAAGACUUGAAGGAGACAUGUCCCGCAAAUUCAUACCACUAGAUGAAGGAAUGAUGAUAAUGGAAGAGGCAAUCAUGAAGGCAAAGAAGAUUAUAGAAGGCUACCCAGAAACCACAUUCACUGGAGAAGAGUACAUGAGGUUCUAUGAUUGUGUUUAUUCUAUGUCCAAUCACCAUGGCUCUGAGACUAUGAUGCAGCUUUAUGAGAAAUUUAGAAACAGUUUGGAAGAAAGUAUUCUUUCAUCGGUACUGCCAUCAUUAAUCAACAAACAUGGUGCCACUUUAUUGAAAGAACUUGUGGUAAUGUGGUCUAACUACAAGAAAAUGGGAAAAUGGUUAUGCAGGUUCUUUCAUUACCUUGACCGCUUCUUUAUCCCACAACAUGUAGGGCUCCAGACUCUUGAGAAUACCUUAGUUAGUUGCUUCCGUGAUCUGGUUCUUAUGAAUUUAUAUUUCAGAUUCCUUGAUGCAGCAUUAACUUUGAUCGAGCAGCAACGUGGGGGAUUGAUGAUUGAUUGGGCCUUGCUGAAGAACCUUUUAGAUUUCCUUUUGGAAAUUAGAAAUUAUGGAGGGGAUAAUUCUUAUGAAGAUUUUGAGCAUGCCAUACUCACACAAGCCUCUACCUACUAUUCUCGCUUAGCUUCAGAGUGGCUUCUGUAUGAUUCUUCAGCAGACUAUAUUCAUAAAGCUUUCUGGUGCUUGAAUCAGGAGAAAAGAAGAGCCAGCCAAUACCUAAAUCCAGAUUUGGAAGCUAAGUUACUGCAGGUUGUCAAAUAUCAAUUGUUGGAUCAAACUGCAAAAAUCCUAAUGGAAAAAAAGGAAGCAGAGAAUUGCGGUCUUGUGACAGAUUAUCAGGCAGUAUUGUCCAUGUGUGCUGGGAUGACCCUUCAAGAGAGUUCUUCACUGUCAACAGAAGAAUGGCUGUCUAAAGUAAUGGAAACUGCAUCCCAUACAUGCUGAGCUUCUCGAGUGUGUUAUAAACAGAAUUCUUUUAUUUUCAAGAAACUACAGAUUUCGUCCCUUUUUUAUCCUUUUAGGAAUUUUAGAAACUACAGUUAAACAUCAGAGAAUUAGUUCUUAAACCUUUUAAUGGAGCUGACUUGGUAGAGAAAUCUGUUAAUGUAGCUCUUUCGUCAAAUGAGAAGGUUCUUAUUUCAUUUUUCCCUGGAUUGAGUUCCCCAUUUUUUCCUGGUAUCCAAUAUAUGCAUUCAGAUUUACAUAGCUGCAAAUUCUAAAUACAUACAGAUCAAGUAUUCAGCAUAGGUACUUCAAACUUUUGUUGCAAGUAAGGUCCCUACUGUUGUGUAUACACCGAUUUAAAGUGUCUGACAAGGAUUGUGUUGUCC